CUUAACAUUCCUCCUGUCCUCGAUCUCCUCCGCCAACUUCUUCCGCUUAUCUCUGCUCCUUCUCGCGCCACAGCUUCGCCUCUUGCACCGCCGAGUCGUUACCUCGGACCUCUCAAAGUUUGACCCCUUCCACGCAGCUGACACAGCGCGCACAGCUUCAGGUCGUCCGCAACCGUCUUGCCAGCUUGUAACACGAAAGCAGGCACAAUGAUGCAAGCAACCAUCUGCCAGGCAAUGCCCGUGUCCCGCCCAGCCAGCAAGGUGGCACCUGCACCGUCAGGGCCCCUGAUGCGUCCCCAUGGCUUCAGCCAGGCGCGCCGCACAGUGCCCUUCGCAUUCAACCCGGCCCUGGACAGCUUUGGCGACGGCAUGGGUGUGCCUAUGGCCUCCUUCGUGCGGCCAGACUGCCCUCCUGACGCAGAGGACGUCAGCGCGGCCCCCCAGAAGAAGGAGAAGCGUGCCAAGGCAGCUCCCCAGGGUGGCCGCCCACAGUUCCGCAGCGCACUGGAGCAGGUGAGCUACAUGACCAACAGCAAGCUGUGGUCAGAGGAGGAUAUUGAGCAGGCAGGCCAGAAGUUCCACCCGCUGCGCUUCCUGGGCCUCUGAAUGGGCAAGAGGAGGAUCGCGGGAGGGGGCUGCAGGGCCAGGCAAUUUUGUAUCCCGCCACAGGCCGGCUCCACCAAUUUUGUAUACUACCAGAAUUCCUUAUCAGUCGAGCGGCCCUGCCCUGAGCAGAGCUGGCUUCUAUGUGCAAGAGCUGAGUUUGUGAUGCUGUGAUGUGGUGGCCUGUGGUUCUGUUGUCUCAUCAGCAGAGCUUGCAUAUCAGACAUUUUGGCACACCUCGUUCCAGGAAACGUGUUUUUGCCGAGGUCAAUUUUGCAACCGUGAUUGCAUGGAUGUGUUUUGCCUCAGACUCAAGAACCCUGUGGUGAGCACUGGUGGAAGUUUGACAGCCAAUCACUGCCAUUGACUGGGCACAGCUAGGGUGCCUCUUUUUGGGAAGAGAAAUGUUUUGACGGAGGGACAGGUGUUUUUUAGGCUUGGCCACCUGGAAUUUUGCCGUGCAGGAGAGCGAGGUCCACCUGCUUGGGGUCUUCGCUCUGCCGUUGUGUUUUGAGUGCAAGAUUUAGGUCAGGUGUUGCGGAACUCACCGUCAGGCAUUGUGGAACUCACCGUCAGGCAUUAUUGGGCGUGCUGGAAGAACUGCUAAGCGCAGCCAGCAUGCAGCUGUUGUGGUCAUUAUUGUGAACUCAAAAUUGAAAUGUGAGGCUGUAAAUUAGGACCUUAGGCGCUUGGUGUAGGUGUUACUCAAAUCUUAUGUGUAUCUUUGACAAUUUAGCUCAUCCGGUGGGCAUUAUGCUCUUGCAAAGUGCUCAGAUCUUGAUGGAUUAGGUAAAACAUAUCGUUGUGUGUACAAUUCUACUAGGCCUUCAUGGUGUGACGUAGGUUCAUUUUAUCACGGUGAAUCGUGUGUUAGUGCUACUUUAGGAGAAGAUAAUUUAGGAAUUAAAUAGGAUGUGAACGCUGUUGUGUUAGUUGCAAAACACAUGAGAUCAGAUGUUGCAACAAUUGGACUUGCUUGAAAUUUGUGAAGUUAGAAUGAGUUGUAACAUGGUGUCUUUCAU